AUGAAAGCGAUCAAGAAACGAAUGGAGAAUGAUGUUGACGAAGUUGGAAGAAUUGCUCGUUUUAUUAAAUCAAAAAUCGAGGAACUUGACAAGGAGAAUUUAGCCAACAGACAAAAACCUGGAUGCGGACAAGGAACUGGAGUAGAUCGAUCAAGAACAUCAACUACACUAUCCUUGAAAAAGAAAUUUAAAGAAAAGGUGACAGGAUUUCAGAGUCUAAGAGAAAGCAUACAUCAAGAGUAUCGUGAGGUUGUUGAAAGACGCGUCUUCACAGUAACUGGAACUAGAGCCGAUGAAGAGACAAUUGAUCAACUAAUAGAGACAGGAAAUAGCGAACAAAUUUACCAAAAAGCGAUUCAAGAACAAGGACGAGGUCAGGUGAUCGAUACACUUGCAGAGAUUCAAGAACGACAUGAUGCAGUAAUAGAAGUAGAAAGGAAGCUUCUUGAUUUGCAACAGAUCUUUUCAGAUUUCGCUAUUCUAGUGGAUUCACAAGGGGAAAUUCUAGACAACAUAGAGGCACAGGUGUCGAGUGCGGUAGAUCAUGUGGAAAGUGGCAAUAAAACCCUUGAGAAAGUGAAGAAAUUACAGAAGAAGUCAAGAAAAUGGAUUUGUAUUUCUAUUAUAAUUUUGCUUUUAGUUAUAGCAAUUGCUCUUGUUGUUGUACUUAAAGGAACGAAGUUGCUUGAUUCACUAUGA